CCAAUUUUUACAAGAGAGAAUACAUCCUGGGAAAGAGAGAGAGAGAAACAUAUCCUAACCUAUAAUAGCGCUGAGGACCGCAUGCUUUCAUACGGACGGUGUGAGACUCCGAAAUAAUAAACUACUGCAAGAUUCGUGUUCUCCGCGAAGAUGGGUAAGGUGGGGCCACGUUUGGCCAGCAGGAAGAAAGCGAAGCGAUGGGCGAAGGGUCAGAGCUCAAGCUCCAACCCGGAGACUACAAAGUACCGGGAACAGGCCACAAGCAUGUUCUUCAAGGACUUGCCCAGCGGCGUGUCGGGUAUCACGCAGGAGGACCUGCAGAAGCACGACGCCAUUCAAGGUAUUCAACCACAGAUCGCCAAGCUCGACAUCCACGAGGAUACCGCGGAGAGCACGGUAGACGGCACGGUGAACACCUUCGACACGUUCGCUAGUAACUACAGCAACUGCUCCAACAUCUCCUUUAGCAGUUUUCUUGGUCACUUCCAGUCUAGCUCGAUAUUACACAAGGAGAUGUUAGCGGUGCUUUCAGCGAUCACAGAGGUCAUCAAACAGAAUGACGGCAAUGAGACCUCAACGGAAUAUUUCGCCGCGUUGAUGAAAACCUUGGAGGCGGUGGAGGACGACACUUCCGUGGCAGCGACGGUAUCUCUGUUGGGAAUGAUUCUCAAGACCGUUCCCAAGAGUGUGCUGAAUCUGCAGUUUGGCAACACCAGCCAGGCUCUGCUGCAGAUCCUUGCAAAGUAUGCCGCUACAGAGAACGCCCUCAUCCUGCGCCACUGUUUAGGCUGCCUCUCAGUGUUGCUGAGAGCGCAGGAGGCCGCCAUCUGGACGAACUCCUCGACGAUGCAGGUGCUGGACGCCGUGCUGUCUUUCAGCACGCACACGAAGCCGAAGGUACGCAAAUCCGCACAGCACGGGCUCUGCGCCGUGUUGAAAGCUAGCGACGUGAUGAAAGGCGAGAAGCCGCUGACUCACCACCCGGCCGCGGCGCGUAUCGCAACGCACUGCAUCGCACAGCUGAACACGGUCUGCGAACCAGGCGGCGUCACCGCGGUUCUGCAGACUCUCGUGUUGCUAAAGGACGUGAUGCACCAGUUGCCGAAGUCGCACGUGAAAACCAUAUGUGAGAACCUACUGCGGAUCAUGACGCUGAAGAACGUGCUGAUCACCUCGUGCUGCCUGCAGACAUUGCACGGCCUCUUCGUCUCGAGGCCGUCGGAAACGACGUUGCCACCGCAGAGAAACGCGCAGAUCAUCACCGCCCUGUACGAUUAUCAGCCGCCGGUGAGCGACACGCAGCCGACUUUGGCGUGGUUAGCGGUCAUGCAAGAGGCCCACUGCAACUUGGCGCACUCCUCGUUGAGUUUGUGCGCGGCCGUGGUGCCGCAUUUCCUGAGUAACUGCAUCGAACUCUGGCGGUCCGACAAGACGGAGGUGAUAUCCGGUACGUCGCAUACCAUCAAGACAGUUCUGCAGGAAUGCGUGACGCCGCUCUGCGAGGACGACCAGCGUAUCCAGGAAUAUGAGUCCACUCUACGCCAAAUCGUCUCAAUGAUUCACAAGGCGCUGAGCUAUCAGUACCUCGAAGCCUGGCAUCAUGUUCUUCAUUUGAUAGCCUUGCUCUUCCAGAUAACCGGUAGGUCGAAGUUACAGGGACUCUUGGAUAUUGUACAGUCCUUGGGAGAGCUGCGAGAUUCUUACAACUUCGCGCACAACAGCGACGUGGAGUACGCCGUCGGGGCGGCGAUCAGGGCGAUGGGUCCACGAGUGGUGCUGGAAGUGUUGCCUCUGCAGGUCGAUGGAGAUGCCGUCAAUUUGAAGCGAGGUUGGCUGAUACCGUUGUUGAAGGACUGCAUCACAUGCGGCACCAUUUCUUUCUUCACUGACGUUCUUUUGCCCAUCAUUCAGGCCUGCGAACGAAAAGCCAAGGAAGAGCCGAUUAACGGCAAAACGUACGAGUUUCUGGUGCCGCAGAUCUGGUCGAUCUUACCGAGCAUAUGCAGUGACGCUAGCGAUGCGAAGGACAACUUCAAAAACAUCGCUCAAAAGCUGGGUAUGACCAUUAACGAGCGAAAGGAACUCAGACUACCUGUGUUGGCCGCUUUGAGGAAGCUCAUCAGCAAGGCAACACAGAGCGAAAACGCAGCCGAUAUCGCCGAGCUCUCGCGCUUCGCCAAGAAUUACCUGCCGAUAUUCUUCAACCUGUACACGACGAGAUCGAACGGCACUGACGAAGAAGGCCAGCGUCUCGCCGCUUUCGACACGAUCAAGGUUUACUUGACGAUCACGAGCAAGAAUCUGGCGAAUGAGAUGUUCGACCGAGCGCUCAACAAACUCAACGAGCCGGGCGCAGAUGACUUUUUCAAGGAGAGCAUUUACGACUUAAUCAGAGUACUGAUCGGCUACACGGACGUUGAUAAGUUGGAGAAGUACUACGGCAUGUGCAUACCGUUCCUCAAAGACAACACCAAGCAGAAAGAACAGAAAAAAGCCUAUCGCUUCUUGGAGGAGAUUUGCAGCAGCGACAAGGAGGUGUGCAAAAGUUUCCUUCAAGAGCACAGACGCGAGAUACAGAAGGAGCUCAUGUCCUCGGCGACCUACGUGAUCAAGACGAGUAAGGGGCCGCGUCUCAGGUGUUUGAUUCACCUCGUCAAGCUGCAUCCACAGCUGGAGAAGACUAAGUUCCUGAGAGCCAUCGUGCCAGAAGCCGUGCUCUGCGUCAAGGACGCCAACGAAAGAUGCCGCAAUUCUGCGUAUCAAUUGCUCAACGUCAUUAUCGAGAAAUUCCUCGGUAAGCCGGAGGAGCUGCAAGAGUAUACGAACAUGUUGAUGGUGGGCCUUAAUGGUGAAGACAAGUAUCGCUGCGCUACUUUGUUGGUUUUGGCAUCCCUCAUUUAUCAUUACUCUGGCUCCCUAGGCAUGGAGACCGUCCAGGAAAUCAUGGACCUUGUCUGUUUAUUGAUUCAGACGAGCACCACGAGGGAGGUCGUGGAAUCGGCACUGUCUUACGUAAAGGUGUAUUUUAGCGUGAUACCGUCCCCGAUCGUGGCACCGACAUUGCCGCGAAUAGUCGACGCCUUGUCGCAGAUGAAAGACGAUUGCAAGCGGCACUUCCGCCAAAAGGUGCGCGACAUCUUCACCAAGCUGAUCAGGAAGUUCGGCAUCGGGCCAAUAUCGGACAUGGUGCCAGCCACGGAUGUGAUCCUGCAUAAAAGACUGAAAAACAUCAAUAAGUUCGAGGACGCGAAGCGGAAAAAUCGUGAGAUGAAGAGGAUGAAGCAGCUGGAAAACGAUAAUGACACCGAAUUCAACGCCAAAAGGCGGCCCAAGAGCAUUGAGGAGAUAUUAGCUGACAGCGAUGAGGAGUUCGAAGCCACCGAAAACGAAAAGCCGAAGAAGAACAAGAAGAGAACGUCGAGGAAGGAGGCUUGGAUCCAGGAGAAUAAGGAUAACAUAGUUGACCUCAUCGAUCCCGCGGCGGCGAGGAAUAUCACAACUACUCAACCAGGAUUGCCGAAUCCAAAGGUUCUAGUUAAGAAAGUGAAGGACCAUGAUUUCAAGACUGCACCAGAUGGUCGCCUUAUCAUCACAGAUGGCAAUGAGAAGGAUAGUGAUACGGAAGAUAAGAAGAAGAAAAAGACUCCCUUCUCCCAAAGUGAUUCGGAGGACGAUUACGAAGACAAGGAUGACGUAUCGGUAAUAACCGCCGGCAUAAAACGUAAAUUUAGCGAUGCGAAUUCAGAUGUAGUUAGCUUGAAGAGCCAAUCGACAUCAAGAUACCAAGCUGGUGGAUCGGGCAUUCAUCGGCCGUUAAAGGCGAGGAAGAUAGAACGUGUACCUGGUUCGGAAUACCGUGGGAUAAAGGCCAGAGGAGAUAUCAAGAAGAAGGGUAAACUAGACCCUUACGCAUACGUACCUCUGACGAGAGCCUCAUUAAAUAGAAGAAAAAAGAAGAAGAAUGCAGGUAAGUUCCAGAGCAUCGUUUCUGGGGCGAAGAAGGGUGCGCGUAUAGGGAUGAAAAACAAACGAAAAAAACAUUAGAAAUUAAGUCUAGUUGUUAAUUUAAUUAAUUAAUAUUAUUUCAUAAGAUGUAUCAUAAAUUUAUUAUAAAAUUCAGCAGUGAGAAAGUUGUGAGGGACUUUCGUUUCGCUUAUAGAUCCAUGUGAAAUAUAACAAAUUUUUAUUGUAUAA